GGUGGGUCAAAGGUCAGCCGGAUGUUUCCGGAGGUGGAUGGCGCCGGAGUUCUCGGGGAGGAGAUGAGAUGAGAGGAGAGUUUGCAGCCGGAGCGGGUAGUGACGUAUGGGGACUGAAAAUGAAUCUCUUCCAUUGGAAAAUGCUUCUAUUCUGUCAGAAAGCUCCUCACAAGAAGGACAUCGUCUUUGGAUCGGCAAUCUGGAUUCCAGGCUAACUGAAUAUAACCUCCUAAAGCUGCUCCAGAAGUUUGGAAAAGUAAAGCAGUUCGACUUUCUGUUUCACAAAUCGGGUCCGCUCGAGGGGCAACCCAGGGGCUACUGUUUUGUGAACUUUGAAACAAAAGAGGAAGCCGAACGGGCCAUUCAGUGUUUAAAUGGUAAACUCGCCCUUUCGAAGAAGCUGGUGGUGCGCUGGGCACACGCACAAAUGAAGCAGAGGUACGAUUCGUUCAAAAAUGACAAGGUGCUUCCGAUCAGUCUGGAUCCAUCGUCGAGCACUGAGCCAGCCCAGUCCAACCUCAGCAUCAGUGCAAAAAUAAAAGCAAUCGAAACCAAACUUAAAAUGAUGGCUGACAAUCCAGAUGCGGAAUACAAAGGGCCCCCACCUUACACGUACAAUAGGACCACAGACAAAAAAGCGUCUGGCAAGUCACGGACUGCUCCCUACACGAGACUUUCUCGCAAACCCACGUAAUGAUUAACACCAGGGAAGGAAAAAAAACACGACACUUUCGUAAUCAUUUAUCUCCGUACGACUUUCAGCGUCGCUGCAGAACCUGCCAAAUCCCCGUGCAGCGACUUAAAGGUUUUCACGACCUCUUUUUUUUUCUCCUUUUUUUGUAAUAAAAAAAAUUCUUUCAAGCCGUUUCUGUCUCUAUAAGUAAAUUCAAACGGGCGCCGGCGGAGUCAACGGGACCGAGCAGUCUCCUCUCCAUCUCUUGCUCGUUCGGGGAAACACUCGCUGGAUUUGGAGCAUCGAUCGUGUCUGUGGUUUUGUCAGUGGGGAAGCGAACGAAAAAUAAAAACACACUGCGAAUGUACGGAUGCACAGACCAGACCCGUCUUAAUCUGCAACGAGCUUCACAGUAAGUCCGAGUGCUGCAGAUUCUUGGGCGUUCUUUUUACCCUAAGCUAUACUUCGAAUUAAGUGUCACUGCAGGAAACAAUCUCGAUAUUUGUGAGUGAAUAUCCUAGAGUUUUACAGCACACAAAGGGAGGGCAUUCAGCCCAUCAAGCCUGUGCUGGCUCUCUGAAAAAGCUAUCCUCUGCGUCCCUUGCUCUGUCCUAUUUUUUUUUGGGGGGGGGGUCAACUGAGUAUCUGACAUGUGCAGAAACCCAUCACCAGGCUUAAGGGUAACCUCAUAACUCCUUUAUAUGUAAUGUUCGUUUUAAGUAUCAAAUCCAACCCUCCACCCCCCCCCCCCCCCGACCUUUAGUUACCAGUUUGUACUGCUUGAUUCUCUUACUGUUUCGCCCACAAAAUAUACAGUCACUCUAGUAUAUUCUGUGAAGCGUUUUGAGAUGUCUCAACGAUGUGAUAAGGCGCUAUAUCAAAUGCAAGGAUUAUUAUUUUAUGUGCUGAUGGUAAACUACGCUGAGAGCAACGUACUUGCAAACCAGGUUCAGAAAAGUGCUGUGAAUUGUUGUAAAAUGCGACUGGAUUACAAUUUUUUUUUAAACUCGCUUGGUUUUGUACUGUUAAAUAUGUGAUCCUAAUAAAUGUGGAAAGGAAA